UUCCACGGUGACGGCAUCCCCCCCAACUCUCCUCCCCCUCCUCCUCCCGGCUGCUGCUUCUGCUCCUCUUCCUCCUCCAUCUCUCUGUGUCCGUCGGCUCGUUGGUGUCGUCAGGAUGGGAGAUAAAGGAACCAGAGUCUUUAAGAAGGCCAGUCCAAACGGAAAGCUCACAGUCUACCUGGGAAAGAGAGACUUUGUGGACCAUGUGGACCUUGUAGAGCCUGUUGACGGUGUUGUUUUGAUCGACCCAGAAUACCUGAAAGAGAGGAAAGUGUUUGUCACUCUGACCUGUGCAUUCCGAUAUGGUCGGGAGGAUUUGGACGUCCUUGGAUUAACGUUUAGGAAGGACCUGUUUGUGGCGAAUAUCCAGGCAUUUCCUCCAGUACCUGAGGAGAAGAAGAGUCUGACUCGUCUUCAAGAACGCCUGAUUAAAAAACUGGGAGAACACGCCUACCCGUUCACCUUUGAGAUCCCUCUGAACCUGCCAUGCUCCGUCACCCUGCAGCCGGGACCGGAAGACACAGGGAAGGCCUGCGGAGUGGACUUUGAGGUGAAAGCUUUCUGUGCAGAGAAUAUUGAGGAGAAGAUCCACAAAAGGAAUUCAGUGCGCCUGGUGAUCAGGAAGGUGCAGUAUGCUCCAGAGAAACCCGGUCCUCAGCCAACAGCCGAGACCACCAGACAGUUCCUGAUGUCGGAUAAACCUCUGCACCUGGAAGCCUCACUGGAUAAGGAGAUUUAUUACCACGGGGAGCCCAUCAGUGUCAAUGUUCAUGUCACCAACAACACCAAUAAGACAGUGAAGAAGAUGAAAAUCGCAGUGCGGCAGUUCGCAGACAUCUGCUUGUUCAACACGGCACAGUACAAAUGUCCAGUAGCCGUCGAAGAGUCUGAUGAUGUUGUGGCUCCCAGCUCAACUUUCUGCAAGGUGUUUACUCUCACUCCGUUCCUGGCCAACAAUCGGGAAAAACGUGGUCUUGCUCUGGAUGGAAAGCUGAAGCAUGAAGACACCAAUCUGGCAUCCAGCACUCUCCUGAGAGAAGGAGCCAACAAGGAGAUUCUUGGCAUCAUCGUGUCCUACAAAGUCAAAGUGAAGCUUGUUGUGUCGCGAGGCGGGCUUCUUGGAGAUCUGGCUUCCAGUGACGUCUUUGUUGAGCUGCCCUUCACAUUGAUGCACCCAAAACCAUUGGAGGAGUCCUUCUACAGAGACGCUCCAGAUGAAGCACCAAUCGACACUAACCUGAUUGAAUUUGACACACAUGAUGAUGACAUCAUAUUCGAGGACUUCGCCCGCCAGCGGCUGAUCGGCGCAAAAGAUGAGAAGGAAGAGGAAGAGGAGCCUGUGGACUCACCAAAACCUGAUGACAGAUAAAGGCGAUGGGUGCCAUCGCCCUUGCUGUUGUUGUUUUGCUGCUCUUUGUAGUGUGAUGAUGGCAGAGGUUAAAUGUAGACCGAGCCACAGUCUGGACACCCUCCAAACACUCGGUGGUGGCGUGUUUGUGUGUUUGUUCAUGUCAGUCCUCCCUCUGCGUCCCGCGGGGUGUAGAAUACCACAGCCUUGUGUCGUCAGGCCAAACCCCGACAAGAACUCUGAGUCGGCACUGUGGUGACCGCUGGAAGCAUGCCUCUCUUUGUUCUUUGUAUUUCCAUUAGAGACCAAAUAGGAGUACAGUUAUUUUGAGAUUAGCUUCAGUAUUUUGUGCGCAAGGGUCUUUAUAAACAAAAAAACACUGCCAACUUCAGAUGAUUUGCAAUGCUCUACCACCAGAUUAACAUCCGCAAUUUAGAUGGUUACUUAUGUUUGCAAAUACCAGUGGCUAGGGAGAAGACAGGCAAACAAUUGCAUGAAAUAUAUAAAUUUUUUUGUAGUUUAUUGAAGUUACAAAUAGUAAAUGAAUCUUUUUGUUACAUGUCGGUAAUUUUUUAAAUCAUCAUCGUUAUUGUUAAAAAUACUUUCCAAGGUCAUGAAAGCAGCAGAUAGUAUCUGUCACCAGACAUGGAAAUACUGCUGCAGUGCUUUGGUUAAAGAGGGGCUGCAAGACCCACUUUAACAUGGAUGUUGUAUCUAAACACUGUGAGCCUUAUUCAAAGAUGAUUAUAAUUCUUAUAACUGACCCACACUGACACCACAGAGGUCUAGGGAGUACAUUUUUAAUUUAUGGCAUUCCUGAUAAGCCCAAAUAUAGUUCUGACUUAAAGGAAAAGCCUUAAAGGCAAGAGCAAUGAAAAGUGGCCUUAGCUAAUUGCAGUCAUUAUAAAUGGUUCAACCAGUGUACAGAUUAAUCAGCCAUUACAAUAUGACCACCCUAAUUGAUUUGAUACCUCACCUACAGAUGCUAGAUUGGAUUGCAAUCUGAAGACUUUAAGGCCAGAACAACAACAUCCCAAAACUCUAACUGGUGUCUUGUAUUUAAAGCUUGUUUACAUUUUGAUAGAAACAACGAGCCAUAGGAAUAGUUUUUCACUGGGGAGGGGUGGACAUGGUCAGCAACAAUGUUUAUGUUUGUAAUACUUCUUAUGAUAGGAUUUAGAUUUAAGUUGCAGCCUUUGUCCAAAGCAUCUGGUUACCCAUGUUUUCUCAUACUGCCUGUGCAAAUUCUUAGUUAUCGAUGUCAAGACAACCACACAAAAUAACUUAAUUUUAGGCAACCAGACAUUUGUUAAUUUUUUUUGUAUUGGUUUUAGCAAUGUGUGAAACAAAACAAUGCCCACUCAAGUUAUUAGAUCUGCAUCUGAUGUAAAGCUAAAAGAAUUUCUAAGCAGGAACAUCCUGCCUACAGUUAAACAUGGUGGUGGCAAUGUGACGGUCUGGGUCUGUAUUGCUUUUUUAAUACCAUAAGCACUUGCUUUUGUUAAUAAACCCACAAACAUUUCUUACUCAAAGAAAACAGGAGAAGGUUCAGUCCAGAUAGGGUUGCUAAGCAGGACAAUGAGCCAAAAGCAGACAACCACCUCUGAAUGGCUCAAAAUGCUGGAAUUUCAAUUCAAUUUAUUUAUAUAGCGUCAAUUCCCAACAAAUGUCAUCUCAAGACACUUUAUUAAAUGUUAUUUAUUGAUCUUACAUUGCAGAAAUUUACCUCUGCAUUUAACCCAUCCCCUUGAGGAGCAGUGGGCUGCAAUCGUGGGGGGCUGGGUAACACUGUGGGGUUAAGGGUCUUGCUCAGGGACCCAGAGUGGCAGUGGGGCUCAGACCCAGAACCUCAGGAUUCCAAGCUCGAUGCCCAAACCACUAGGCCACCACUCCCCUUUACAGAGACAUUUAAACCCAAUCAUACAGUCAGAUUGGUUCCAAGUGUUCUAUUUACGGGAAACCAGCUGAUUGCAUCGACUCAUUGACUCAACGGUAAUCCCUCACACCAAGUAUCCAAUUUGCGACACUGGAGAGAAAAGACCUUUUUUAACAGGAAGAAACCUCCAGCAGAACCAGGCUCAGAGUGAGUUGCCUUCUGCUGUCUAGGGUUCAGGGAGAUAGAAGCAGACAUAGAAAAAGAAUAAGAGAUACAAAAACUAAUUGCUAACUAGCUUCAUAGGCGACCCUUUCCAGGAAAGAUGCUGUCAGGCAGACAAGCUCCG